AGGUCUUUAGCCCAUUGCAAAUUUAUCGGUGAAUUAUUCAAACAAGGGGCUUUUACCGAAAAAAAUAUAUUGUCGUUCAUUCACGAAUUGAUGAAAGUAAAAGAUAUUCUGAAUAUUCAUUGCUUAUGUAUAAUAUUACAAAUAGCAGGACAAAAAUUAUCAAAAACUCAUAAUUUGGACGGUAUAGUACAUCAUAUUUUAUUAUUUAAAAAUGAAAACACUGUCCUCAUAAAAAUGUCACCAACUCUUCAGUCUUUGAUAUUCAAAAUACAAAACUUGCAUUUAAAAUGUUGGAUACAUGAAGAACCUCUUAAGUUAAUUGAGGACAAUGAACAAUAUAUUUCCUUUGAAAAUUUGCCGGAGCAAUUAAAAAAACUAUAUGAUCUUAAAUCAUAUACAGUAAUGGCCCAAUGUAUUAUUGAUGAAUGUAUGGCUGUUCUUAACGGUUUUGACAAGAUAAAUAUCAAUGAAAUAGUACAUUCGUUAAAAUAUAUCAACUCGUGGCUACAUUACGAUCAAGUGUCAUUCGUUGCUUCUAUGAUACUUAUAACACUAAACGAAGACCAAAGUAUUCGCCAAAAGGCUGGUAUACUUUUAAACUUAUUUAUUAAGAAAGGCUUGUUAUUAAUUGAUUCGGUUUUAUCGGGGUAAAUAUAAUAAUAUAAAUUUUCUGUAUUGUACAUUUUA